AUGAUCAUGUUUGCUCUGGACAUCGAGCCUACUAAAGAGGUCUCUGAGUACACAGCCAGUAUCACCUAUGGCGAAGAAAAGGACGGACGCCACAAGGUUAAUUCUGUGAAGAUGACCCUGAGAGCCGAAGGUGCUCAGCCUACUGAGGCUACAGUCACCAUGACAUACAACAGGAACAGAAAUGUCUUCAGCACUCAGAUCAACAUACCUGACUUUGAUGUUGAGGCGGGCGUCAAGCUCGGCAUGACAGAUAGCAACGCCAGAGGCAAAUCUAUUACCCUCGAGAUCUCCAACAAGAACGUGCCUCAACUCACUCUGACUGGCCGUGCCAAGCUUCAGGCUAUGACUGAUGGCAUGCUGCAGCUUCAGCUGUUAGUCCCCUCACUCAGGACAGAUGCCACAGUCACUGCUACCAUGAGCAAAGCCGACGGACUCACCAUGGAGAUCAGAAGUGAUGUCAAGCUCCCAGAGAUCUCCUCCAUUCAGGCAGUCACCUUCAAAUAUGGCGAAGAGCAGGCUGAGGUUCAGCUGAUGUCCAACAUGAAUGCUGAAACAAAAGUCCCAGUGCAUUACACUAAGGUCGUCCAGGCCUGGCUGAGGAAGACUGCAGAGGAUGUUAUGGACCAGCAGGUUAUCGAAACUGAUAUGAAACUACGACACAUCCUCAACAAAGGAAUUGAGGCCAGCAAUAUCUGGAUGGACAAAGUCUCAGCUGAUUGUCCCUAUAUGGCGAGACUGAGGAACAGCUUAGCUAUGAUGGAAAUGCCAUCUGUGCCUGAAAACCUGUUCAUGAACCUUGAAAGCACACUGAUAUACCAGUUCAACCAGGACCGUCUGACUAUCACCAUCCCAGUUCCUUUUGGGGGCAAAUCAUCUGAGGAGCUGAGGAUACCUCAAAUGGUCACCACUCCACACAUUUCCAUGCCGAAGUUGGGCAUAGAUUUUGCCUCACGAGGAAUCCAAAUCCCAACUUUUAACAUCCCAUCUGACUAUGAUCUCACCCUGCCUCUGAUGGGCAUGGUGGAAAUGGCUGCCAAGGUCGACACCAACUAUUAUAAGUGGGAGGCAACAGCGUCUGCUGGUAACAACACUGCAGAGUCUCCUAACUAUGUGGCCAAAUUCAACAUUGUGGCUGACAGUCCGAUCAAAUUCCUCUCAUUUUCAGCUGAGGGAGCAACCAAAAUCACUGACACAGAAGUGGAAACUAUGGAAUUCACUCUUGAUGGUUCCCUGAAACACAUGCUGAUCACCACAGGUUUUAAUGUUCAGGAAACCAUUGCAGUCACAGACAGUUUGAUGUCAACUGGCCGCUACAACGUGCAUGCUGUUGCCCCUGUGGGUCUGGACACCUCCCUGACUAUUACUACCCAGAUGACCCUUGACUCUAAAAAGUUUUUUGGAAAUGUUAACACAAAUGGAAGUGUCACUGUUGGACCCAUGACCGCUUCCACCACCUAUCUCUACACCUUCUCGGUCGACCCAGCGAAGAAAGAAGCAAUAAUGCAGAGUUCACUGAAUGUGAAGUCUGAAGACCUGAAGCUUGAAAACAAGAUGAAGGCAUCAUAUGCAGAGGAAGAGCUUCUGUUUGACUCUAACACUAAAGUGAACAGCGACCCCAUUGUGCACAACACCAAAAUUAACCUUAGGUACAAGGAUCUCAAGUUUACCAUCCAGUCCAGCUCUGAGACACAGGCUGACGAGAGGAUGCUUCGGAGCCAGAUAGAUUUUGCUGCCUCUAGAGGACAGGCCAGUCUCAGAAUAGAGAAUCUAGCCGAUGAUACAAGCAACCGUAUCUACUCACUGCUUACUGGUUCCCUUAAUCCCUCUGGCAUGGAGGUCAACACUGAGGCCUCCAUGAACAUCUUUUCAAGCAUCGCCUCUCACAAGGCCGCCUUUUCCCUGAACACCAAUGGCCUGACCACCAGCUGUACAACAACCGCCCAGCACAGUCCAUUCACAUUUGAGAAUAUUUUCCAUGGUACAGUUGACACUUCAAGUGCCACCAUGUCUCUCACAACAAAAGGAGGCAUUAAAGAAAACAAAGCAGAGCUCACCAUUGGAGGCAAGAUUGCAACCACAGAAGUCUACUUUAACAGCAACUUUGAGGCUAACCUCUUUGAUAUUAACAGCAGGAACAGAGUGAACUUCAGAGUGAAUGAAGAUGGCUUGACUCUCUCUAACAACAUGGUUGGCUCUUUCAAGGAGAUGAAGACUGAAAACACAAAUGCACUGUCUCUUACACUGAGAUCUUUUACCCUGCAGUCCAAGACUGACAACUUGCUUGACAGCAGCAACUCUUACAAGCAUGACAUCACAGUCAACAUGGGCCGUUGCGUCUCAGUUAUUGUGAAAAAUGACCUGAAGAUAAUGGAGGUUAGCUUCGUGAAUGAUGCCCAGUUCAAGGCAGAGCCCUACAACCUGGAGCUGACUGGAACAGUGAUGGGAGCUUUCUCAGAGGAAGAGCUCAGACACACCUAUGAAAUCAAGUUUAUUGACAUGGUCCUGUCUGCAAAGUAUAACACCAACGGUAAACUCCUGGGAACUCAAAUGACGCAUACCACUGAUAUCGAGGUUGCUGGCCUGACCAUGAAGUUCAACAAUGUGGCUAACUUCAACUCCCCAUCUCUUCAUCUGGACAGCAAAGUUGCAACUGUGGCUGCACCCUUCACCCUGAACAUUGAUUCCAUUUUCAAUUCAAAUGGCGCAGUGAAUCUGUAUGGAAAGCAGAGUGGCGAAUUAUACAGCAAAUUCCUCCUGAGAGCACAACCCAUGUUUUUCACACAGUCAUUUGAGUACAGAGCUUCAACCACACAUGAACUAGAAGGCAGACCAACCAUUACAACAAAUAUGGACAACAAGUUCAGCAGCAUGCUGAACCUCCAAGAGCAAAGUGUCGCACUGAAGGUGACAUCUAAAGUAAAUGAGCACGCCUUUGAACAGGAAAUGAGUGCCUACAACAAUGCAGAAAGAAUGGGUGUUGAAAUGGCAGGAGCAGUCUCCACUCUCCUCUUCAGUGAGUCCAGUCAAAAUUAUGCCAUCUCUGGAUUUGUGAAAUAUGACAAGAGCAGUGACAGUCACUCUCUCCAGAUCCCAUUUAUUGAGCAUCUGCCUGCAUUCAUUGAAAAGAUGAAGAGCACAGUGAUGGUACUGAUGGACAACAGCAUUGAGAUGCUAAAAGACAUCAACAACAGGUAUGAGAUCAGUGCCAAGUUCCAGCUCAAGGUGGCAGAACUAAAGGAGGCCAUUAACAACUUUGACUUCAACCUGUUUGUCCAAGACCUGAGAAAAUUCAUCAGCUCAAUGGAAAACUACAUCACCAACCUGACACCCAAGCUCCCAACUGAAAAAGUUAUGAACAUACUGAAAUCUAUCAAAGACACCAUAAUGAUUUGGAUGAAGAAACAUGACAUUGAGAACAAGUUCCAAGUGAUUUAUACCAAAAUUGAAGAGAUUCUCUCCAGCUUUGAAGUUGAAAAAACGAUUGGAGCCUUCAUGGAUGAGAUUGUUAAAAUGAUGAAGCAGUAUCAGGUCAGAGAAAAGAUUCAGCGUGCAUUUGAUGCUCUCAGGUCAAUUGACAUUCAGCCUGUGAUGAAAAACAUAAUGGUACCUGUUCAGGAGCUGUUGAAUGAGCUAUAUGCCUUUGACUUCAAACAGCUAAUUGAUGACAUGAGUGACUAUUUCAUCAGAAUGAUCCAGAAAGUAAGGUCCUUUGAUUAUGACACCCUCACCAUGGAGCUGAAAGAGAAAGUGGCAGAAAUGAGCAAGAUCCCCUGUUUUGGAAAACUUUAUGGAGAGUUCAAAGUUAUUUCACCUCAUUAUAAACUCACAACCACUGCUGACCUGGAGAACACCACAACAAUUUCUGAUACACCAGAGUUCAAAAUGAACCUCAUCUCAAAGACUACAUCUACUUUGCGAAUCCUUGACUUCACUGUGGAAGCCAGUGCACAUUUAUCUGUGCCCAAGAUGAGUCAUGUGACCAUCUCUGAGCUCAUCAAGGUUGAUCAGUCGUCUUUUGAACUUGACCACAAGGGUCAAAUGACCUUCUAUGGUCUGACAGCUGAAGCUUCUGCUGAUACUAUUGCAGCAGCAAAAACUGAGCUCUACUCUGCAACCCUUGUUAACAAUGCAGUCUUCAACAUGGAAAAUGGAAUUUCAACCACCGUAGUCACUACGUACGUACAUGGCAUCAACAUGCCUGCCCUUAACAUCUUUAGUGAAAUGGAGAUUAAAGAAAAUGUAGUUUUCCUGCUUAAAGAUGGCUCCAUCCAACUGACCUUUAACAAUGUGGCCAGAGAAAAAUAUGCAAUUCGGGACUUCUCAGAUGAGGCACGCCACAAGAGCGACUUGUCAGUGGUCAUGGAUUUCCAUAAAGCCAAAGUGAGUUUCACUGGAACAACAGACAGCAACUUUGUGAAAACGAAUCAGAAUGUUGGUGCUGAAAUAUGCAUUUUCAGCCACGUAGUUGUUGAUGCCAAGGCUGAGACUGAAACACCUUUCAUUAAAAACAGCGUUGCAGAACUCAAGUUCGAGGCAAAGGUUGAAGACAUGAAAAUUGAUUUCUCUGCCUCUCACAGUGCACAGCUGGUUGGUCAGGUUGAAGGAACUCUCUCAAACUCAGCCCUUGCUCUGGUCACACCUAAUGAGCUUAAGCUUGAUACCAAGAACACAGCAAAUACCAAAAUUGCCCUUCCAUUAAAGCUGUCUGGAAAGAUAGAUCUCCAGAAUGACAUUGCUUUCACCCUGAACACCGAAGUGCAGCAGGCUAGUUGGACAGGUCUGGCUAGAUUCAACCAGUACAAAUACUCCCAUUACUUUGCUGUGGACAACAGAGAAACAGAAAUUAACCUGUAUUCCCAAAUCAAAGGAGAUGCCAAUCUUGAUGUAUUGAAGCAGCCUAUCACCAUUCCUGAAAUUACCUUGCCAUUUGUUGACAUGAAGACACCAAAAGUGGAGGACUACUCACUGUGGGAAGACACUGGUCUGGGCAAUCUACUAAUCACAACAGAGCAAACAUUUGAUAUGAGCUCCAAGCUGAAGUACACUAAGAACCAUGAGUUGAUCGCCAUUAACAUCAAUAUGGAUCCAGUCAUCAAUGCGUUUAACACCAAUUUCAAGACACUGCACAAGAAAAUGAUGAAUGGCAAGGAUAAGGCUGCUGCCAUACUCGCUACAUCAUAUGACAAAGCAAAGGAAGAGUAUGAAAAAUAUAGCACUGAGUUGCCUAAAACUAUUACUGUCCCUGCCUAUAAGGUUCCCAUGAUGAACAUUGAGACAUCAACAUUCACAAUUCCCCUGCCUGACUUCACCCUCAUCACAAUGCCCACUCUGCGUGUGCCCUCUGCCCUGCGCAAGGUAACUCUUCCAAAAAUCACCCUGCCCAAAAUUCAGAGCAUCAAGAUCCCAGUUAUGGGUGAUAUGACCUAUGAGAUCUCCAUGAAGACACCAAUGAUCACUCUCAAGACUAACGCAAGCAUCCUAAAGCAGGACAGCAUCGCCAUCAAACUAGAUGCUUCUUCAACAUCUGAAUUUGAGAUCCUGAAUGGAAUGAUUGAGGGCAACACCAAUGUGAACGUGAUGGGUGGAUUUAAAAUGGCCUCUCUCCUCAAUGUGAAACAUUCAAUGCUAGAGGGACAUCAUGACAGCACCAUCUUCUUAACUACUGAAAAUGUAGCUAUCGCCAUCACAAACACAGCAAAGGUCAACAUUCUUGACCUGACCAUGGAAAUCUAUGAGGAGAUUACUGGAAAUCCAGAAGAAGGCCUUAUUGUCACAGUUUCCAAUCCAUCUGCAGGACUCAUUGCAGUUCAGAUGCAGGCUAAGCGACCGGCACAAGUGAAAGCAAGACUCUAUGGUCGUUACCCGUCUGAGCCAUCCACAGACAUUGAUAUCUUGGGUCUGAAGAUGUCUGUGAUCAACUCUGAGAAGCUGAACCUUCAAACAACCUGGAAUAUGGAAAUACCAUACGAGAUGAUGCUCGGAGCGAAGAAACAGGUGCCUGCGGUCAUGGAAAUAGUGUCUGAAUCUGCUGUCAUAACAUACAAGGCGGUCAACAAACAAGUUAGAAGACUCGAAGGUUCCUUUGCACAGGCUAAAAAGCAGGGUAAUGUGAUGUUCAAGAGGGCUAUUAACAGUCUUGAAUCAGUAAAAUCUUGCAAGAUUGUGACCACUGUCACAGAUAAUACUGUUUUAAUCCUCAAAAACUACCAGAAGAAAGUUGAAAAGUUCCUUGAUGCUGUUGUUAAAUUUCUGAGAGAGACUAGGUUCCAGAUUCCUGGCCAUAAAGAGAAGCUGUCUGGGCUUGAGGUCUAUCAGAAAUGUACUGCUUUUGUUGCUGAUGUAUCUGAAGAAGCAAUCCAUAAGAUUCCAGAGUACCUUUCUUCCAUGUUUGCAACGGCACUUGAUUAUUUCCAAGCCACUGAAUUCACCUUCCCAGGUUCUAAUCGCAUCGUCAGUGGAAAGGAAAUUCUUGACGAUAUGUUGGUAGCUUUAAAGAAAAUCCAGGACCAAGUGGUUGUUACUGUGAGAAAAUUUAGAGAUAUCCGGCUGGAGGACAUUGUAAAGAAAUUAUCAGCAAUCAUGCAGUUUACCAUCCAACAGAGUGAGAAGCUUCUCCAAACUCUGAAAUCCCAGAAUCUGGAGACACUUUCUGACUUUGUGAGUACUGCAUACAACGAUGCCAUGAACUCUCCUGUUCUGGCUGGCGUUAUCAAGCCGGUUGAAGAGGUCUGCAGAGUUGUAAUGGAAUAUCUAAAAGCUGUGACUGCUAAACUCCAAAAUAUUUUGGCUGACAUAUCUAGUAAACAACUCACAGCUGACAUCCAGUCCUGGAUUAAUUCAAUGGUGAAAGGCAUUAAUACUCUGCACAACAAUGCCAUUACAUCCCUGAAGGAAAAAAGCAAAAAUGUUGAAAAAUAUGUUAGAGUAAGUGACCAAAAAGUAGAGGUUGACAUCCCUUUGCCAUUUGUUGCCAAAUUCAACUAA